AUGGAUGGGCAACAACUGUCCGAUCGUUCCAAAAUUUUACGGCCCGGGUUCAGUCGAAAGCAAUUGAUACCAAUUUACGAAAAAACUAAACUGUUGCGUACUGUUCUUGAGAAGCAACUGAAUUUCUCCAACACCGAAGAAUCAAAAGGGCACACGGUGAACGAAAAAACAGACCCUUCGCUAGGAAUAUUGCUACCGCACGAGAUGGAUUUCGGAAGCUUCCGGUACAGUUUUGGACCAUGUAAUCCGAACGAUUCCUCCAACAUCGCCGAUAGCAUUUUAAGCGACGCACAGAUGGCUUACAACAGUUUCGAAACAUCUGGAUCAAAGAUUAACAUCGAAUAUUUGCUUAAACGCUUGCAGCAUCAAAUCAUCCUGCACAACACAUUGCUCGAUGCGUCGGAAAAGUUUCCCAAAUCAGCCUCGAUAGAAAAUCUUGUAAAACAGUGCAUGAAAGGUACGGAAGCGCUAAAUGCCCUAAAGCAACGUGUAUCAGCUUACAAAAAAGUCAAACAGGCGACAAGAAAAAGUGCGCAACAUUCCAUCGUACACGAACUACCCGGCAUCAUCCACAAUACUAUCAGGUGUGCUGAGGAGUUACAACAAUUGUCCCAAGAAAUUGUACAACUGUCCGGCUCUAUUGAUGCAGACCUCCUAAAUCGAAGUACUGCCACAGCGCAAAGUAUUCAAGAUGCUUCCGGUCGUUUAAAAGAAAUCGAACAAAUGUGGGAAAACAUGCCUUCACUGGAUGAUGAGGAAGAAUCAUCGCUCGGGCUUUUGCACGAGUCUGAGAUGGAAGAAACGGGCCAUUUUUUGGACAGUGUGUCCAACUCUUUAAACUCUACUUUUGAAAAGCUAAAUCACUCUCUUGAAGAGGUUCUACAAACACCAAACACGGAAAGCUUAAACAAAUUGAAGGCAAAUAUAACGGAAUGCAGUGAACUGCUUUCGCAUAUCACGCAAAACCAUUCACUGUUGAUGGAAGAAACUAUGCCAUCGGUUGGAGAUUCGCUGGAUCAAGACGAAAUCUCUUUUUUGCAUACCGUUACAGGCGAGCUGGAUAAAUCAUGCCAGUCGGAAAUUGAAGCCUUUCUGCAAAUAUGGAAAAAGCCUGAAAUGGAACAAUUUCUUCACAUUUCUAAGCAAACUAUUGAUGAUCUUUCAAACUUACGGGAUGAGACAAAUGAAAUGUUGAAAAUCGCGGUAGCUUCCAACGGCAACCCGAAACAACCGUCACAUAGGAGGGAGCAUCUUAUCGAGCAGUUAAACGUAUUGAGAGAUGCUGGCACGAAGGCACAAAAACCAAUCUACACCUCAAUCUUAAUGAAAGAUUAUAUCGAUGAGGAUGACCUGUGUGCCGAACAGCAGGAGGUUUUAGUGAAAGAAUCGUUCCCAAAAACGCAUUCAUUAAGGCGGACGGUCCAAUUUACUGAUCACGUUGGUGAAACUACGCCCGGUGUACUAAAACACUCUCAAAUCCCAGAUCAAAUACACCAACAGGUUGAAAGUCGGCUCAAAAUUCUAGUUCAAGAAAUAGACAAUUUCCAAGAAAAAUUCCUCAACGCAAAUGAAAAUGCCGAAGGCCACCAAAAUACGGCAGCGAUUGAAAAAAAGCUUGACAGGCUUAUGUCAAUGAUAUCGGAGCUGGUGAAAACAUUGCGAUCAAAAUAA